AUGGCGGAAAGCUCCUCGGCUCCGGCUCCACCCCCUCCCAAACCCGUCGUUGUUAGGGUCAAACGAAAACCCUUCCAUUCUCCACUCGACGCUUUCUGGUUGGAAAUCAACGACAGGCCAUUCAAACGCCCUCUCUUGGAUUUUGGAAAUUUAUCAAUCUCCGAUUCUUCUCAACACGUGGAAAUUCAUAACAAGAAGCUUUUGGUGCAACAUGUGGAGACAAUAACCAGCUCUGAGGUCACUUUAGAUAUUGUGCAGUCAUUUGUGGAUCCUGGUUCUAAAAGUGCUUCUGAAUCUAAGACAAAAGUUGAGGAAAGGAAGAACUUCUUCAAAAAAGUCAAUAAGCAAGAUCAGCUCUUGUGUAAAGCUAAACAAGAAAAAGAGUCUUCAGCGAAAGAGGCUCGUUUUGAGCAAAUAUGGAAGAGCAGGAAAGUAAACAAGGGGACAUCUGAUGAAAAUGCAUUACAAGAAAUAUGCCAGUUCUAUGACAUUGUUCGUGUUGACUCUGAAGAACAAAUUAAGAAGGCGCAACACGAAGAUAUCUCCUUGGAGGAUCAAAAUCUUUUGUCUAGUUUCCUCCCUUUACUAAGAGAGGUUAUUCCUAAUGCUGCUGCAGAGAUUGAAGUUGAUAUAAGUGCUCAUUCCAAACAAGAGGACUAUGUUUAUGAUCUCUACACUGUAUCGGACGAGACGAUCAAUGAAGAAAGUUCUUCACAUUCUUAUCCACUUGUUCAAGUUGAUGAUGAAGAUUAUUGUGACGGGCCUGGCGAUUCGGAUUAUGAAUCUGACGAUUCAAAUGAUGAAAACCAUCCAAUGAAUGACUAUCCAGAGGAGAUUUCGGAAGAUGAUGAAGGUUCUGAUUGUGAAUCAAAUGAAAGCGAGCAUAGCAAAUCUAGUAGUGAAUUGUCAGAUGAUCGCGAGGAUGGGGAUGACGACGAGGAUGGGGAUGAUGGACAUGGUUUUGCUAAAGGUGGUAUUUCUGAUCCAUUGUAUGAUGAGGAUUUUGAUGAUUAUGACGGUCAAGGUGUAGACACUGACGACGAUGAUGAUCCGGAUAAUGAAUACUCGAAGUGGUCUUACAGAUGA